UCUGUUCAUUCUAGCUCUCGUUAUUUUUAAACGAUCUGAAGACUUAUUGAUUCUAACAACUAAUUGCAUGCAAAGUUGAUUCCGUUAAACUGAAUAGCUAAAGAGUGGAGUAUGGAGAUUGCAUGCAUGAAUGAUUCACUCCGGAGGUGGGUUCCUCCAUCUGUUCAAGGUCUCCCAAUAUUGUUGGUGGAUCAUGAUUUUGGGUCCCUUAUCAAGGUUGCAACCAUGCUUGGGCUAUUAAGUUUCAAGGUCACCACAGCAGAUCGAGGAUAUGAGGCUCUAUCAAUGAUUGGAGACACAAAGCAGGAAACAUUAUUCAAGCUCGUGAUGGCCAACGUUGAUAUGGAGGAUACCAACAUCUUGGAUUUUAUUCAGAUUGUAGUCCAGAAAGACCUACCACUCAUAUUGAUGACUUCCCGGACCAAUGUAGAGAUUGCAAGGAAGGGAGUACUCGAAUUAGGUGCAACCUGUUACUUUGAGAAGCCAAUUUCUAUGAACGAUCUCAAGUAUGUGUGGCAAAAUGCCUACUCGAAGAGAAAAAACAAUCCCACAUCAAGUCCUGUCCAAGUUGAAGGAGUACUGAACCUAGUAAAGGACAGUGCUAUUACAAAACAUUGCUCAAAGCUGGCGAAACUCGGGAAGAGAAAGGAACGUUCAUCACCUGGUGCAGUCAAAGAGGAUACAAGGACACCAAUUUGGGAUCAAGAGCUGGAACGGAAAUUCAAAGGUGCCUUGAAAAAACUUGGUGAAGAUGCUAGAGUGAAAUCGAUACAGAAGGCGAUGAACGUUCCUCAUCUGACACGUUCCAAAAUCGCUACCCAUCUCGAGAGGCACAGAUAUCGCAAGAGUAAGACUGUUACUACCUUGCCUUCUGGUACUCCAUCUGCCUCAAACAGCAUCAGGUUAAGACAAGAAGAGCCAGAGGAGAGACAAGAAGAUUUGGCUAUUGAAGGCCCAGAUAUUGUAGCAGCAUACAAGUCUGCAUUUCCAAGUGAAGAAGCAGAGCCCAGUUUUCAAGAAAAGUGCAACUUUGUGGCUUCUUUUAUUGCACACAGUCAAAUUCAAGGAUCAUCAAUACCUUCUUCAGAUACUCCCUUUGUUGUAAAAAAAUUCAGAACAACCUCUGUUAAGGGAAAUGAAGAGUUGAAUCGGAUCCAGGUCUCGGUAGCUCCUUCAGCCCCGGAGUCCGUUUCAGGCACUCCGCGUAUCGCUGACAGAUUUCUGAAAGACUUCACUACAGGGAACGGUGAGUUAAGUGCAAUGGAACUCUCGGCUCCUCCAGCUUCUCCGAAAAUUCAGAAUAACUCGCUGAAUGAUUACGAUUUUCUUUGGAAGAAACUACUUGAAGAUGAACCUGAUGAAAGGACAUACUUAACCAAUGUACUGGAUCCAAAAGAGGUUAAUCAGUACUGUGAGUUGCUGCGAAAAGAAUUAGUCUCAGAUCCUGAUAGCGCUCCGAUGGAGGAGGUGCAAAGCUAUUGCAGCAGAAUAAAUAGGUCCUAAAGCUCUGCAAGCAAAUAAUACAGGCAACUGUCUAAAUCCAAGCAACUUUCUUUGUUGCUGUCGUUGUCGAAUUCCUACAUAGUUAUUCUCUGCAA